UAAAGGCAUGCAGGCGAGAUAAAAAGGAUAUUUCACAAAAAAGCAUAGGUCUUUAUGUCUGUGAGGAUCAUUUUGAUUUGGAACAAGAUAUGGAUAACUAUAUAAAAUUCAAGAUUAUGGGUGGUCCCAAAAUUAUUAAGUCAGGUGUUGUCCCGCACAUAUUUGAUUGUCAACCAGACAGAAAACGAGCUUUUUCUCAGCCUGUGAGGGAAGCAGCCCUUAAAAGGGUUAAACGACAGUUUCUUGAAGAUGCCGCUUCUACAUCUAAGUCUGUUUUAGAGAACAAUGAUGAUAAGAGACAAUGUGAUCCUAGUUUCACAAACUUAGUACAAUCAGGACCUGAAUUAAACCAAUCAGCUUUACCUCAAAAACUGAAUAAUGCAUCAACACAGACUCACAUCAAAAUAAGAAGUAAAGGUAUUCAGUUCAAAUUUCAAAGGAGUGUUACAGUCGGGUUGUCGCCAUUGAAAAUACAUAAUAAGGAUGCAGGAACUUCACCUAUAAAAGACUUGCAAAUAUUUGAAGAUACAAAAAGUGAAUCAGGAAGUUCUGUAUUUGAAGAGUAUAGUGAAUAUAGUGGUAGUGACGACUGUUGGUACAAUGAAAGUGAUUCUUUAUCUUGUGAUGAAGAUACGAAAGAAGAGGAAGCAAAACAAUUUAAAAGUUUGUCUUUGAAGUGUACAGUGAUGAAGUUACAAUACAGACCUAGACUGUAUAUGGGGCUACCAGAAUAUGCAUUUUACACGUUUCAAUUAAUGGAAAAAUAUUGUAAGACUCAAACAAUGCAUCUAUUUUUAACUCUUAAAAAGAUAAGAACAGGACAAACAUUUAUGUCUCUUGGAGAUGAUUUCGGCAUAAGCGAAAGCAAUGCAUCGAGAAUAUUUGCAAAAUCUGUUCCAUUACUUAGUAAAUAUUUAAGAUCUUGUAUUUUUAAUCCCCAAGUGAGUUCAGUUAAAUUAAACUUACCCUUAGCAUUUCGAGCUCGUUAUAGUAAAGAAUUUUGUAUUAUCUAUUGCUUAGAAAUUGAAAUUGAAAAACCAUCAGAUUCUGUUAAACAGUCCUUAACAUGGUCUGAAUACAAAAAGUGCAAUACUCUAAAAUAUUUAAUGCUUGCACUCCUGAUGGGAUUAUUAAUUUUAUAUCUACUGCUUUCGGUGGAAGAACGUAGGAUGCAGUUAUUCUUGAACAUAGUGGUUUUUUAAAUGUUCUUCCACCGAAAGUGGCGGUAAUGGCUGACAGGGGUUUUAAACACAUAGAGCAUUUGUUAGUUAGCAGAGAUUGCCAAUUAAUUAGACCACCAAGUGUAUAUUCAAGUACAAAACAAAGUGAAGUAUUUGAAACAAAAAGAGUAGCUAGUUUAAGAAUUCACAUUGAAUGAGUUAUACGUAGAUUAAGAGAAUUUGCUUGCUUAGCCCCCAUGCCUGUAUUGAUAGCAAAUUGAUAUCACAUACAGAUAAUAUAACAAAAAUUGUUUGUGCACUCAUA